AUGCCUACUAUCGCCGGAUCGGAGAAAUCGAAGAGCACAGAGACUCCUCAGAAGAGAAAGCUGAGAUCGGAGGAACUCAAUCUCGUGUCUGAGAAUACAAUCUCUACGCCGAAGAAAUUGAAAUCUCGUCGAUGCUGUUUCCAAUCUCAGCACGCCAGAGAAGUUAAGCAAGACUAUAACGAAAAUUUGGCAAAUCCAGUCAAUUUUGCAAUGGAGAACUCAUCUGAUUGUUCAGGCUCUAAACCUAAGUGGAACCUUAAAGAUGAGGAACAAAUGAGAGCUGUGAAGGAGGCACUUCACGUAUCGAAAGCACCAUCUACAGUUGUCUGCCGUGAGGAUGAACAAAGACAUGUUUUCGAGUUUUUGAAAGGCUGCUUGGAUCAGCAGAAGGCUGGGAGUUUAUACAUAUGCGGUUGUCCUGGAACUGGGAAAUCACUCUCCAUGGAGAAAGUCGUAAAACAAGUUGGUGAUUGGUCAAAGCAGGCCGGUUUGCCACCUGUGGAUACAUUGUCUGUGAACUGCACUUCACUAACAAAGGCAACUGAUAUAUUCAGCAAGAUACUUGAAAUAGUAGAGCCACUGAAGAAAAAUAACUGUCACUCUUCACCUCUACAACAUCUUCAGAGUUUGUUUUCUCAAAAGCAAGAGUCCAGCUCAAGAAUGAUGUUAAUAAUUGCAGAUGAGAUGGAUUUCUUGAUCACAAAAGACAGAGGGGUUCUGCAUGAUCUUUUUAUGCUUACAACUUUGCCAUUUUCAAGGUGUAUACUUAUAGGUGUAGCAAAUGCAAUAGACCUCGCAGAUCGUUUCCUUCCAAAAUUAAAGUCCCUUAAUUGCAAACCUAUGGUUUUAACUUUCCGCGCUUAUUCUAAAGAUCAGAUCCUUAGAAUACUACAGGAAAGACUAAUGGUUCUUCCAUAUGUUGCAUUUCAAUCAAACGCCUUGGAGCUCUGUGCAAGAGUAAGCAUCCGAUUAUUGCUGGUCGCCUGA